CAAGGCAGAAAGCAAGGAGGAGAUAUUAGUAAUCUGUUUGGAACCUUAUCAUCAAGUUCAUUAACUUCAGAUAAACAUGGCUACAGCAUGAAGACAACACAGAAAUCACCAGAAGCUGGAUCCUCUCCUCCAGUCAAACAGCUGCUUGAUAAACCAGAGACUGCCUCCACCACAGACACUGGGUAUGGACAACUUUACAAUGUGGCCUGUGUGAGUGAUGAAGAAAUCUGGACGAGUGGAAAUGGCAGCACCAUGAAACUCUACAGCAUCAAUCAGGGAUCACCACUCAAGUCAAUCCGAACCAAGUCAGGGAACAAUCCAUUGAAUAUAGCCAUGACAAAAAGUGGAGAUCUAGUUUAUACUGAUUACAAUGAUAAAACUGUGAUCAUUGUGAAGAAUGAGAAGAUAGAUGAGGUGAUCAGAUUACAGAACUGGAAACCUCGCGGUGUCUGUAGUACUUCCUCUGGUGACCUUCUGGUUAUCAUGAUCAGUGAUGAUAACAAACAAACAAAAGUUGUCUGUUACUCUGGCUCCACAGAGAAACAAACCAUUCAGUUUGAUGAUCAAGAUAAACCUCUUUAUUCAUUUAAUUCUGAUUACAUAACUGAGAACAGGAACCUGGAUAUCUGUGUGUCUGACUGGGGAGCUAAAGCAGUAGUGGUGGUCAAUCAGGCCGGGAAACUGAGAUUCAGGUACACUGGACAUACUCCAACUCCAAAGAACCUACCAUUCUAUCCACGAGGAAUCACCAAAAACAGUCAGAGUCACAUCCUUACAGCUGAUCGUAACGAUGACUGUGUUCACAUCAUAGACCAGGAUGGACAGUUCCUCCGGUACAUAAACUGUGGAUUAAAUAAUCCAAUAGGACUUUGUACAGAUACAAAUGACAAUCUGUUUGUUGCUGAAAAUCACGAAGGGAAAGUGAAAAAAAUAAAACUUUUGCAAUGAAAAAGUAUAACCAUGGAUAAAAAUUUUUACUGAGAUACUAACAAUCAAACAGUACAUGAAAAUCUUGAAGACACCCAGGU